AUGCAGUUAGAGGAAUCAGGACUGUUACCGAAGGAAUGGCAAGAACUUUUAACAGGGUUGCUCCGGCUGGGGAGCCUGAGCAAAUGCCGAGCCCUGGGGAAGCAGAAAUCAAAGGGAUCUGAAGAGGUGCCUAAACGAGUGCCUCCCACCGAGUUUACCUUUUGUGGCCAUAUUAAAACCGUGAAAAAUCAAUUCCAGACAAUUCAAUCGAACACGAAAAAAACCGGGCUUUCUCCGAACCCCUUCCCAGCUGCCGCACACGUGGCGCUCCAACCAGAGGGACACGUGGGGCCAGGUCGCCGCAGCAGGUGCGCCUGCGCAGAAGCCCAGCGAGCGGACGGGGCGGGGGCGGCGGGAGCGCGCGGCACGGGGCCUCUCCGCGCGGCCGGCCGCGGAGCUCGGUGUUCGUGGAAGGUUCUGGAAGCCUGGGAGCGGCGGCGCCGGCGCGGAGACCAGCGGUCCGGUCGUUCGCAGGCUGCGGAACGAGCGGCAGAGCGGGUGCGCCUUCCUCAGCCUCGCGGAGGAGUUGCAUUUUUAUUAGUGGAUGCUCAAGAAUGCUUCAUGUCUGCUGAAGAAGUAUUUCUAGCCAAAAUUGAGAAGUUUAUUAACAUUCACCAAAACAGUUUUUUGGUUCUGUCUGCUGCACUGCAUGGGCCUGAGGAAUGGAAACUGAUGUUCAGGAUUCAGCAGAGAUUCCUGGGUAGUAACUUACGGAUACUUCCAGUACACAACGCAGCAAAUGCCGUUAAUCUUAUGUGCACCAUAGCUAAGAUCACCUCCAAGCCAUACAUAGAUAGCAUCUGCUACAGAAUGAUAACAACUAAAGCUUACAUCAUUGAGCAAAGUCCUGUCUGGACAACACUUCAUAAGAUAAAGCUGAGCAGCGGUGCAUUUAAUCCAAGUUAGGUUAUCAAUUACAGAUGUUCUUUUAGAAGAAUACUGAAAUAAAAUAUGUACAGUUAAAUG